CCCCCAGGUUUUAAUUACAAGUGGAAGGCAGGUCUUUGAAAUAUAGGAUGGCUACUCAUCAGCUGUUACAGACUAGGCACAAGAAAAAGUCCUCUAAGGAAUCAGUGUUGUUCCCCAACAAAAUUGCUACUGAGCAGCAGUCUGUGGUGCUGGUGAAAAGACUUCUGGCCAUUUCUGUAUCCUGUAUAACAUACAUGAGAGGGCUGUUCCCAGAGACCUCUUACGGAACUCGCUAUUUAGAUGACCUCUGUCUAAAAAUUCUCCGAGAAGAUAAAAGCUGUCUGGGAUCAUUGCAGAUAGUCAAGUGGAUUCAAGGUUGUUUUGAUGCGUUGGAGAGGCAGUAUUUACACAUUGCUGUCCUCGCAAUUUACACCAAUCCCAAGGAACCGGAGACAGUGACUGAACUGUAUCAAUUCAAAUUCAAGUACAAAAAGGAGGUUCCCCAGAUGGACAUCAUCAGCAACCAAAUGAACUUUGUGAAUGGGGUGUGCAGCGAGGAUGUUAAACAGGCCAGCCGGCUCCUGAUCCGUAAACUGUACCUGUUAAUGCAAAACCUCGGGCCGCUUCCCAAUGACAUUACCCUGACCAUGAAACUCCUCUACUACAAUGAUGUAACUCCCAAAGAUUACCAGCCCCCAGGCUUUAAGGAAGAUGGCAGCCCUGGUGACCUGUUGUUUGAUGGCGAUCCUGUAAACCUGAGAGUAGGGUCAGUCUCCACUGGGUUCCACCUCAUGAAAGUGAGAGUGACAACUGAAAAGAAAAGAAUGGCGACAGUUGAAAGCAACCUGAUCCAGAAGAAUGGCCCUACUGAGAUCUCCCAUCAAGGGUUAGACUGUGAUGAAGAGGAAGAGGAAGGGAGCACAAAGAAUCACCCUCUCCCUGUCAGAGCAGAUUCAAGUGAGCGUGGAGAGGACAAAAGUGACACCCAUCCAGGCUGGAAAACGGAAACAUCUUCUUUUUACCUUCAAGAUACAGGUGGAAAGAAGAAGAUGGAAAUAAAGGAGACGGGCAGGAUGCUUCGCUCAAGGGCAUCUCAGCAGAUAAACUGCCUGAACCUUGCAUUUAGCCAGGAAGAGGUAAUAGGACCCAAGAAGAAAAGGAAGGUCAGUGAGCCAGAGAAGCUGCUUGUGGAAGGCAGGAAAUGA